GUCCUGACAUUAUUCCAGGUGACUCCCGUGACGCUGACGCCCGUGAAGCGUACAAGUCGCUGUUCGUGCUGUCCCUGUACAGGCCAGAAAACGACGUUUCUCGGGCGUUCUCGCGUGACGUCAGACGACGAUCCCGCGAGACCUUCUCUUAUGAAUUCCACCCAGAUGAGGAGGUGUCGGUCAUGGCCGCUAUUGCAUACGACACCGUCCAUAUCUACGCGCAUGCUCUCAACGAAACCCUGGCAUUUGGGGAGGAUCCGUACGACGGACGCCGCCUAGCGGAAAGAGUGAGAAACAGAACGUUUGAAGGGGUACAGGGAUGGGUGACUCUGGACAAUAACGGUGACAGGGAGACCAACUACAUGAUGUACAGCUUUCAGGAUGGUAAAAUGAAGGCGGUGGGAUACUACUUUGGUCACAGUGGUGAGUACGAGGACGUACCCGGGACGAUGAUCACAUGGCCGGCGGGAGGACUAACGCCCCCUCCCGACGCACCGUAUUGUGGGUUCGACGAGGAAAAAUGUCCGUUCGAUCUCCGCCACAGUCGGUAUGGACCCAUCUAUACCUUGGGCCUGGCGCUGAUUUUACCCAUUAUAUUUCUGUUAGUCGGAUACACUAUCUACCACAGACACACCGUAGAGAAGAAGGUAGCCUUCAAGACAUGUCAGCUGAGAUCUCAAGACAUCACCCCUAUCAGGACACGUCCGGCAACUUCUAGGAAUUCCCUGCCAUCUGGCGAAGAAAACUCAUGCAGACUAGCAGAAUAUAAGAACACAGUUUACGUCAUGAAGGAGCUCAGGGUUGACGGGAACCGUGCGACCAUUAGACGGGGCAUCCAGAAGGAACUGACGCAGCUGUGUGAGCUGAACCAUCCAAACCUGGCCAGGAUUUACGGCGCAUGCCUAGAAGUUCCCAACUGCUGUGUCCUGAUCGACCAUUGCUCCAAGGGAAGUCUGCAGGAUAUACUGAAGAAUGAGUCCAUCAAAUUGGACUGGACAUUUCGGUGGUCUCUUAUCAUGGACAUUGUGAAAGGUCUGGAAUACCUACACAACAGUUUCCUGAAAUGCCACGGAAGCCUGAAGUCCACUAACUGUGUGGUGGACAGUCGCUUCGUGGUCAAGAUUACGGACUUCGGCCUGUGGAUGCUGAGAAAGAAGAAACGGAUUUCUAUGGAAGAGCCCAAGUUUGACGCGCUGCACCUCAACAAUAAUGCUGUUACUCUACUGAAACAUGCACAAGAUCAGCUCUGGACGGCGCCUGAGAUCUUACGUGGUGGGACGGAGAGAUCUCAGAAAGCUGACGUCUACAGUUUUGCUCUUAUUCUGCACGAAAUUGCCUUCAGAAAAGGGGUGUUCUACCAAGAAGGGAGCCAGCUAUCGCCAAAAGAUAUUAUAACCCGUGUGGCACUGUCACUGUCCGGAGUGCCAUUCCGGCCAACAAUUCUGGAGAAGGACUGUCCAGCUGGACUGUCCGGUCUCAUCAAACAGUGCUGGGCGGAAACACCGGAGGACAGACCGGACUGUAAGGUCAUCGGUGCAGCAGUGAGAAGAAUAAGCGGCAUGAAGAGUGAGAACAUCCUGGAUAACCUGCUGGCCCGGAUGGAGCACUAUGCGGAUAACCUGGAGUCCCUGGUGCAGGAGAAGACGGCUCAGGUCCUGGACGAGAAGAAACGGGCAGAGGACCUGCUGGAACGACUCUUGCCAAGGACUGUGGCCAACCAACUCAAGCAUGGAGGCACAGUCCAUCCCGAGUCGUUCGACAGUGUGACCGUGUUCUUCAGCGAUAUCGUCGGGUUCACGGCAAUGUCCGCUGACAGUAGCCCAAUGGAAGUGGUAGACAUGCUGAAUGACCUGUACACAUGUUUUGAUGACAUCAUCGGUAACUACGAUGUUUACAAGGUUGAAACGAUAGGUGACGCUUAUGUCGUGGUGUCGGGACUACCAGAGAGAAACAGUAACCACGCGGCAGAGAUAGCGCGGAUGGCGCUGGAGAUGCUCCGGGCAGUCCAGACGUUCAGGAUAAGGCACAGGACAUCGGAACAACUCAAACUCCGGAUAGGCAUUCACACUGGUCCCUGCGCUGCCGGAGUUGUUGGUAGAAAGAUGCCGAGGUACUGUCUGUUCGGGGAUACCGUCAACACCGCGUCACGGAUGGAGACAUACGGAAUGGCCCUUAGAAUCCACGUCAGUGAGACCACCUACCAAGCCCUGUGUCUGACGGAAAGGUUCCUGCUUGAGGCGAGGGGAGAGUUGGAGAUAAAGGGCAAAGGGUCCCAGAGAACGUACUGGCUGCUCGGAGAGAAGGGUGGUAUCGCGAAAGAAAGCUUCGUAUGACACCAAGUACAGCACAGCAAAAUACCGCCAGGAGUCGCUGUUGAACAUAAAUGCGCAUAUUGCAUCUUUUGCCCAACUUGAUAUUCACUAGUUCUGUAAAUAAUCAGGACAGUAGAUUAAUUUUAUAGUAAGUAAUAUUUGUAAAUAGAUUCUAGAAUAGGUCUUUCGCAGAAAAUCACACUGCUCCAAUGUUAAGUCGAGCCAAGAAAAAUACGCGGCUGUUUAUUAUGCAGAUUAGGUCCGCAGAUUUGAGGCAUACGCCUGACCUACAAGUAGCAUAUAGAAUUAGGAUUUGACAGUUUUCACACAUUUUGGCACUGAUUAUAAUCAUUAUAGGGACAAUGUAAAUAGGAAUAACAGAUUAGUAAACAGUCUGAUUGUCAGAACGUCGUCCAACUUCGUCAGAAACGUAACCGUCCAACUUCGUCAGAAACGUAACCGUCCAACUUCGUCAGAAACGUAACCGUCCAACUUCGUCAGAAACCGUCCAACCUCGACAGAAACCGUCCAACUCCGUCAAAAGCCGUUCAACUCCGUCAAAAACCGUCCUACUUCGUCAGAAACCGUCCAACUUCGUCAGAAACCGUCCAACUUCGUCAGAAACCGUCCAACCUCGACAGAAACCGUCCAAAAUCCGUCAGAAACCGUCCAACUCCGUCAAAAGCCGUCCAACUCCGUCAGAAACUGUCCGACUCCGUCAGAAACCGUCCAACAUCGUCAGAAACCGUCCAACUCCGUCAGAAACCGUCCAGCUUCGUCAGAAACCGCCCAACUCCGUCAAAAACCGUCCAACUGCGUCAGAAACCGUCCAACUUCGUGAGAACUGAACCGUCCAACUGCGUUAGAAACCGCAACUUCGUCUCGUCCGUCCAGACUAUAUAAAGCAAUAGAGAACCUUGAUCUAUUGUAAUUCAGACCAUGUCACGCAAAGUAACGUCUGUAAAGAUAAUUUUAUUUUCGUAAGAUUGUACAGCAACAGCAGCAUGAUGCCUCUGAAGUACAUGUUUGCAUUUUGCACCGUUUGGUUAUGCACAACUUUGAUAUUGUCAUGGAUCUAAGAGAUGGACAAAAAGAAAGCCGUAAUAAAAGUUUGUCCAAACAAUGUUUGUUUUGGUCUUUUUUUAAGGCAAAAAUGAUCUUUUUGGUCCCUUUAUGUGCCUGUGUUCAGCACAUACAUAUAGACUUAGUAUCCUAUAAAAGGAAUACUAAAAUUUAGUACUCGUACGUGGUAUUCCUACUACUAAGGCUAUUCACGAUAAUAUUAAGUCUAUUGAACAAGAAUGCAUCCAUCUAGAUAACAACUUACGUCUUUUAGGCAACAUAUAUAUUUUUUUGAAAGUCAUUUCGCACGUCAUUCAAUGGAUAGGCACUAAAUAUAACUUCAUUUAAAGGAUAGAUACAAAACCUUACGUCACUCAAAGGCUAGACCUUAAACGUUCGUCAUUCAAAUGCUAUGC